UCCCACCUCCUGCCCCCAGCCGCCCCGGCGCGGCGCAGUCCCCGCCGGCCGCAGCCCGACGCGCCGUGCGGCCCCCAGUCUCCCGCAGCCGCCUCCCCCAGGCAUGGCACAGGGCCUCGCCUCACUAUGGCAGCAGCACGGCACAGCACGCUCGACUUCAUGCUCGGCGCCAGAGUUGACGGUGAGAACAUUCUAAAAGGCCUCCAGUCCAUUUUCCAGGAGCAGGGGAUGAUGGAGUCGGUACAUACCUGGCAGGACCACGGCUAUUUAGCAACCUACAUAAAUAAAAAUGGCAGCUUUGUCAACUUGAGAAUUUACCCACAUGGAUUGGUGUUGCUGGACCUGCAGAGUUACGAUGGUGAUUCGCAAGGCAAAGAAGUUGAUAGUCUUUUGAACAAAGUAGAAGAAAGAAUGAAAGAAUUGAGUCAGGACAGUACUGGGCGGGUGAAGCGAUUACCACCCAUAGUUCGAGGAGGGGCCAUUGACAGAUACUGGCCCACUGCUGAUGGCCGCCUGGUUGAAUACGACAUAGAUGAAGUGGUGUAUGAUGAAGAUUCACCUUAUCAGAACAUUAAAAUUCUACACUCGAAGCAAUUUGGGAAUAUUCUCAUCCUUAGUGGGGAUGUUAAUCUGGCGGAGAGUGACGUGGCGUACACCCGGGCCAUCAUGGGCAGUGGCAGAGAAGAUUACACUGGCAAAGAUGUGCUGAUUCUGGGAGGUGGAGAUGGGGGCAUAUUAUGUGAAAUAGUCAAACUGAAACCAAAGAUGGUCACUAUGGUAGAGAUUGACCAAAUGGUGAUUGAUGGAUGUAAGAAAUACAUGCGAAAAACAUGUGGUGAUGUCUUAGACAAUCUUAAAGGAGACUGCUAUCAGGUUCUUGUAGAAGACUGUAUUCCAGUACUGAAGAGGUACGCCAACGAAGGGAGAGAGUUUGAUUACGUGAUUAAUGAUUUGACCGCCGUUCCAAUCUCCACAUCUCCUGAAGAAGAUUCCACAUGGGAGUUUCUCAGGCUCAUUCUUGACCUGUCAAUGAAAGUACUGAAACAGGAUGGGAAAUAUUUUACACAGGGGAACUGUGUCAAUUUGACGGAAGCCCUGUCGCUCUAUGAAGAACAGCUCGGGCGCCUGUAUUGUCCUGUGGAAUUCUCGAAGGAGAUCGUCUGUGUCCCUUCGUACUUGGAAUUGUGGGUAUUUUACACUGUCUGGAAGAAAGCUAAACCCUGAAAAUCAAUGGCCCCUAAUCACGUGUGCUGCAAAUAGCCUUCCUGACCUUCAUAUGCUGUACCUGACAUCACAACAAGCUGUGCCAUUAAUUAUGAAUGCCUUCAAGAUUUAUUUUUUAAUGGAUUAUUUUUAAUUUAAUGAAAUCAAGUGGAAAAUAUAUAUUUUGAUUAGCUAGGGUGUGAUUUUUUUGAAAGUCAGCUGAAGGAUGAUUAGACAGCACAGCGAAGGCUGCUAAACGCACUGAACCCCUAGAAUGUGAUUUUUGUUACCUUUUUUUUUCUGUGUGGGCUUUUUGUUUCAGUAGGCUUUGAAUUUGGUGGUGUGGAGGAACGAACAUCGUCGUCUUGUUCUGGAGGAACAUUCUUGAUGGUGUUUCUUUCCCCCCAAAAAUUGACUUAGAUAUUAAAAUUUGGUGCUUAUAAGAAAGUUUUAAAAAAAUGAAUAGCAAUGCUUCAAUUAAAAGUACAAAUAAGAAA